AAUUUUAGUCACUUUGGUUUAGAUUGAUAAACAAGGAAACUGAAUAUCGAAUAGCCUUGAAGGUCACGAAGUUGUUGACACACCUAUUCGAAAAGCUCAAAAAAGUCGGUGUCGAAUGAAUUUCUCCAGUAGAUGCUUUGGGGGUCCUUACGGCAGUUAUUAUUAUCCAGAUAAAAGCGUGUCUCUCGAUGUGAAGCUCACGCGUGCCUCAUGAUUCUCGCGUGGGGCUUCUGCAAUCCGAAUGCGAUAAUAAUCUCAAGACAUUUCAAAAAAGGUUGGCCAGGGCGUACAAUUAAUAACUUGGCGUAUUGGUUCCAAUUCCAUGUCAUCUUACAGUCAUUCACUCUGUCAUUCGUCUUGUUGGCACUUAUGAUCAUUGUUGUUCAUGUAAUGGGAUAUUCCAUGUUAAGUGAGCUCCCUCUCAGUGCUCAUCCCCCAUGUGGAUUCACUGUCAUCGCUCUGACAUUUUCAAAUCCUAUUGUUGCAUGGUUCCUUUGUACAUCCACUGGUCGCCCUCGAGCUUUUGCUAAGUAUAUUCAUCAAGUCGCAGGAAUUUUGUCCCAAAUGCUUGCCAUACCAACGAUUAUGAUUGGCUUUCAGAUGCCGAGCUUAGGAGUUCGCUUCUGUUCUUCCCAUAUAUAUUCGUCAAUUUUCAUUAUUUCUGUUAUUAUUAAUGUCAUAAUUGAAGUUAUUUUGGAAGUAAUUGGAUACAAGAUUCGGAGAAACGCGCGAAUUGUGCAGUCGGUUCUGAGUGCUGAAGCUGACGAAGCUGACAAGUUACUUGCUCGUAUUGCAGAAGAUCCAAAACAUGAUGUCAUGUACCUCGAAGGACAUAGUUCGGAAUAUACGAGCCUAAAGAAUCUAAGAAAUAUACCAAGAGAAAUUACUCAAAAUCACAAUUUAUGGAUUGUCAAGUAUUUUCUCCUAGCUGUACACUUAGCGAUUACUUUCAGUUUAAUAUUUGUAUUAGUUGUAUUAUUUGCUUCAUAAAUCAUCAUUUCGGGCAUGUUUUCUUCUUUCUCCUGUUGUCAUCAUGCGAAAAGAAUAAGAGGAAAGAAACACUGACACACAAACACCUUUUUGUUGCUUUCUGAUGAGUGAAAUGAUGAUCAAAAAGUCGUUAAUGUUGUGAACAAAUAAACGUUUUUUUUUAAAAAAAAUGUGAACAUUGGUGAGUUCAUUGUUUCAUUUUUGUCAAACCUAUGAAGAGACUUGUUUAAGUCGAUCGAUUGAAAUAGAAUGUCAUAGA